AUGGAGGUCAAUACCGCACCGCCCGUUUACCAGAAUGACAAGAUUGUGGAGAGAAAGGAUGAGUCUGUUUAUGAAGAGGAAGGUCAGCUUAAGCCUGGUGAAGUCCACGAUGCCUUUGGCAACGAGGAGAAUGCCGAAAUCAAGUACAAAACAUUGAAGUGGUGGCAAUGUGGUCUGCUCAUGAUAUGCGAGUCAGUCUCGCUGGGUGUACUCUCACUACCCUCUGCUAUGGCAAUCCUAGGCAUAGUCCCCGGCGUUAUCUUGAUCAUUGGCCUCGGACUUCUCGCAACCUACACUGGCUAUAACAUCGGCCUAUUUCGCGAACGGUACCCACACAUUCAGAACCUGGGUGAUGCCGGAGAGAUCUUACUUGGAAAGUUCGGCCGCGAACUCUUCGGUACUGGUCAAUUUCUCUUCUGUCUCUUCAUUAUGGGAAGCCAUAUCCUCACCUUCCGCAUUAUGAUGAAUACUGUCACCAACCACGCCACCUGCUCUAUACUCUUUAGUAUAAUCGGCAUGGUCAUUUCCAUCGUCCUCUGCCUGCCACGUACUAUGAAAGGCAUGAUCUGGAUGUCCUUCGUCUCAUUCCUCAGUAUCUUGACCGCAGUCAUGAUCACCAUGAUUUCCGCCACCACAGAAACCACCUUAUACACAGGCUUCCAAGCCGUCUCAAACAUCGUAUUCGCCUACUGCGCCCACGUCGCUUUCUUCGGUCUAAUCGCCGAAAUGGAAACACCUCAGAACUUCAAAAAGUCCCUCUUCAUGCUCCAAGGCUUCGAGAUCUGCCUCUAUCUCACCGUCGCCAUAGUCGUCUACUUCUACAUCGGAACAGAAGUGACAUCCCCCGCCUUUAACUCCGCCGGCCCUCUAAUGAGCAAGAUAGCCUUUGGAAUCGCCAUCCCAACAAUUAUCGGUGCCGGCGUCGUAAACGGCCACAUCGGUCUCAAAUAUAUCUACUUCCGCAUCUGCACGAACAUGAAAUCCGACCUUCUCCACCAGCGCAAUAAGCGCUCUGUCGGUCUUUGGGUCGGUCUCGGUAUCUCUUGUUGGACUGUUGCGUGGAUUAUUGCCGAGGCUAUUCCCGUCUUUAGUGAUUUGAAUGGAUUGAUUAGCGCUCUGUUUGCUAGUUGGUUUAGUUAUGGUCUCUCGGGCGUUUAUUGGUUGCAUCUUAAUUAUGGUCAGUGGACUGCUUCGCCGAGGAAGAUUGCUCUUAUGGUUUUGAAUAUGGCUAUCGCUUGCUUUGGGCUUAUUCUUUGUGUGCUGGGUUUGUAUGCUUCUGGUACGGCUAUUAGUGCCAAUUCCAAUAGCAAUAGCUUUACUUGCAAGAAUACUGAUACUUAG